AUGGAGGCGGAUGCGGGCUUAGUGCAUGUGACGAACUUCCGCGGCGGCUUGGCGGCCGGCGACGACGAGGGGGAGCGUCCGUCGGACGAGGCGGUGGACCUGAAGUUGAUCUUCAAGGAGUUCAUUGAGCGGUUUCGCAUCCACAACGAUCAUUUGUACAUGGCGAUGCUGCGGUCAAACCUUGCGGGUGGCUUGUACUUCAUGGAGGUGGAGAUGAUGCACAUCCAGCAGUUUAGCGGUACCGUGUUCAGCGCCCUCCACGCCUCUCCCACACGCACACUGCCACUCUGCGAGCAUGCGCUGUGGGAGCUGGCGCAUGAGCGGAAGCUGUUUCAGCCCUUUGCCCGCCAGAGCACGAUACAGCUGCAACUAUGCUGGGCCGUGCCACCCACACCGCUCCGCCAACUGGCCCAGGCAUCGGUGGCACGGCUAGUAUGCGUGAGCGGGAUUGUGGUGAAGGCCAGCGCCUGUCACGCCCGUUGCGUGCGGGCGGCAAUUCAGUGCACCAGCUGCUUCAGCAAAACAUACAUUAACGGCGGGCGAAGCAUCGAGCUUCCACCGCAUUGCUUAGAAAAUGGGGGUCGUGCCAACGGUGCCCCCGGGUUCGGCGCUGCUGCCGGUGGCGGGGGCGGUGGGCAACGCAAGUGUCGACCGAAUCCCUACACACUGCUGCCGAUGGAGUGCGAGUACGAGGACCAGCAGAUUGUCAAGCUGCAGGAGCUACCGGAGGACGUCCCAACAGGGGAAUUGCCCCGCCAUGUCACUGUUGUGGUGGACCGCUACCUCGUGGACCGCGUGAGCCCCGGUUCCCGGGUGCAGGUGGCCGGCAUCGUCUCGGUGCAGGAAAAGCGUGGCAGCCUUGAGGGUGGCGGGAGAAAGGGAAAGGGCACGCGGGGUGUUGCCGGGCUGCGUGCGCAGUACCUUCGUUCGGUGGGUCUCAUGUACAUCACAUCCAGGGAGGGCGGGAUAGACGUGCAAAGCGUCAAUCAAAACUUUUCCUCGCGGGUGCGGUCGCAGUCAGUGACGACGUGGCAAGCGGAAGAUGAGGCCGCCUUCAAGCGCUUUGCGGAUCAGGGGCAUGUCUACGAGAAGCUGGCGCAGAGCAUUGACCCUGCCAUCUUUGGCCUCGAGGACCAAAAGAAGUCCAUUGUGUGUCUGCUCUUUGGUGGGACACGGAAGAAGCAGGGAAGCAACUAUCUGCGUGGGGACAUGAACGUGCUGUUUAUCGGCGACCCCUCCACCGCCAAGUCGCAGCUGCUGAAGUUCACUGAGAAGGUUGCCCCCAUUGGCAUCUACACGUCCGGCAAGGGCAGCAGCGCCGCGGGGCUGACGGCGUCUGUCAUCUCCAACGGAAAUGGUGACUUUGUGCUGGAGGCGGGGUCGAUGGUGCUCGCCGACGGCGGGGUGGUGUGCAUCGACGAGUUUGACAAGAUGCGGGAGCAGGACCAGGUGGCGAUCCACGAGGCGAUGGAGCAGCAGACCAUCUCGAUCGCCAAGGCAAACCUGACCACGAUGCUGAACAGCCGCACCAGCGUGCUGGCCGCGGCCAACCCGACGCUCGGCAGCUACGACCCGCUGCGGUCCAACGAGGACCAGAUGGACUUUCAGAGCUCCAUCCUCUCCCGCUUUGACCUCAUCUUUAAGGUGCUCGACCCCCGCAACCCGGAGAUCGACAGCCGCCUCGCCCAGCACGUCGUGAACCUUCACAAGGGCGGGAGUGGACGGCACGCAAACGCGUCGUCGUCGCCCGUGGUGGAGAGGUCAUUUUUCACCAAGUAUGUCUCCUACGCCCGUGCCACACGCCACCCACGCAUCUCGGAAGACGCCAUGGCCGUCUUGCUUGACUUCUACGUGCAUGUUCGUCGAGAGGCACACCAGCAUACCCUUGAGGCGCUUUCCACCACCUCUUCCGGAGCAAAACCGCAGACGCCCAUCAUUCAAAUCACCGCCCGUCAGUUGGAAAGCUUAGUGCGCAUCACGGAGUCCAUGGCACGCAUGCGGCUGGACGUGCUUGCCAACCGCGCGGACGCGGAGGAGGCGAUCCGGCUCUUCAAGGUGGCCACCGUUGACGCGAUUAAAAGCGGCGUAACGGAUCAAACGAUGACGGCCGCACAAAGUGAGUUGGUGCUGCGCAUUGAGGAGUCGCUGCGUCGUCGCGUGGCGUUGGGGGCGACGGUGGAGCAAAAUCGGCUUUUGGCGGAGAUGGCGCGCAUGGGGUUUGACACGAAACUUGUGGAGCGUGCCGUGUACGCCAUGGUGAAACGCGAGGAGCUUGAGUGGCGGAAGCAGCGCACGCUCAUUCAUCGACUGCGGUGA